UUCCUCAAUUAACUUCAUUUACAAUAAUGAAUCGCGUUAAAAUAGUAUAGUGUAGCACGACUCUCAGUCUAAUCUCGUAGGUCAAGUUCACAAUGUGUUUACUUAUGUACAUCAUUAGCAAAAUGUGAAAAAACCUCAGUGUACAUGCCGCUUCCACGCGGCGAGGAGUUUCAAAUAUUACAUACAAUAUUACAAUAUUAUAUACAUAUUUUUACGCAUUUUCGAAAAUGUUUACGGUGCUUUUCAUGAUUUGUUUACGCGUGGCGUUUAGUGCGAGUGAUGAAAGUGACUUGGGAUAUAGUUUGAGUAUAGGGAAUGCUAUAAAUGUGUUUGCCAACUACGGCGACCUCUCCCAAGUAACCCAAGUGAUCUCAGCGGACUAUGACGACGACGAGGAGGAGUUCCCAGACCCCUUCAGCGAGAAGAAUAUUAAGGUCUUCCUUAAUGUGAGCAGCAAAGAAACCCUGGGCGAAGACAGGGUGGAGAUGAACAUCUUACUCUGUGAGACCUUUGACGAGCUGCUGGAUGGAUACUUCCAGAAUUUUCAGAUUGAGGGAACAGACAAGCCCUGGAAAGCCUUCAUGGGCGACUGGAUCCAGGACGAAAUCAUGCGCACCCUCGGCAUAGACGUCGACAUCGUCCGCGACAACUGCUGCUACGUUCUUCUAAAGCUGUCAAAAGUGCACAAAACUGUCAAAAUUGACAGUUUGGAACACGUGGCUGUCAAGAGCUAUGUGGAGAAGGCGAUGGGCGCCAUGAAUGGGAGCGACGUGGCAGAUAUCAGGAAGUUUAUGAGGAGUUAUGGGACGCAUUAUAUUGAUUCUUAUGUGACGGGGAAUUUUGUUUAUCAGGUGUUCAAAUUCAAGAGGUACGGGUACAACAUGCUGCGUUCGUACGUGCGAGACCGGAAACACCAUACAAACAACUCGGACAGACUGAGGUCCCACUUCGCCUCCAACUUCCUUAGACAAGUCGGGGAUAUUAGGAUAGCAAGCGGCAAAAAAACCAUUGAAGCCUGGGCCCGACGGAACCUCCUGGACAGCCAAUACCUCUACUACCGACCAAGUUUACUGCGACUCUUCUACAAUAACGCUUUAAUACUGUCCCUCAAUCGUAUGUUAGACGAUGGAGCCUUACUAGGGCUCUCCCUCAAGACCCUAGCUCCCUUGUUUAAAGAUGAGGAGAAGAGAAAACGAUAUGUAGAAGUGGUGGAGAAUGAUAUGAAGCUUUGGGAGGUUAAUGCUUAACCUUUUAGAUAGGCAAAUAUAAAAAUAGUUUUUUAAAUAAUUAUACAUUAAGAAUGAUACAGAUAUGAAAUUAAGAAAUUGAUGAAUAUUGAAUACCCCACUUUUCGAUGUAGUAAUGUCAUCAUCAUGCCCCGGGAAUUUUGGGUGCGGAAAUGAUUUUGUGUAUUUAUAACUUGUUUAUUGUAAAAUAGUUAUGAAUAUGAAUACAAAUACAAAUAUGAAUUAAAAAUAGGUAGAUAGCUCCAAGUACUUGUGUUAAAAAUAGUUUCUGUUAUUACAGUUUAAACCAAUUUUUUGGCAUAUCCGGGGUAUGGUCGUCAUUAAUGUCAAAUUUGUAUGAAAAUAUGACGUUUACACUUGUUAUACUCAAGUCGGUGCAAAGUUAGGUUAGACAGCAUAUCACAAAACCACUACGCUGGAUUAUUUGGCUAUGCCAAGAGCUAAGAACAAACUUUCUUAUGUACUUGUGUAUAUAACCGGCACUGUAUAAACAUUCUGAAAUGUUUGUAGCCAGUGAUUUAUUUAGAAAAUGACAAUUUAUUUCUAAAAACAUGUAGGUAAUUCACCAGUAACUGGUCACUUGUAGGAAUUGGCCGCCUUAAAAAAAAAACCUAUAAAAAAAAAAAAAAAAAAAAAAAAAAAAUAUAUUAACCUAUAAAGAUAAUAUAUUUUAGUAUAAGGUGGCUAGUUUUUGAAGACUCGCCACUUAGGGGCUGUCCAUAAAUUACGUCAUAGUUUUUUGACGAUUUUUGACCCCCCCCCCCCCCCCCUAAUAUCAUCCAAAAAUCAUGCUUCAAAUGACCCCGUUUCCUCCUACGUCAUGCUACAUCAUCCGAUGUCCAGACCCCCCCCCCCCUAAUUUGAAAUGACGUAAUUUAUGAAUAGCCCCUUAUUGAAAACCUUAUACUAAAAUUAAUUU